CUGUUGGUCCAAUUAAUGAAAAAACUACCAUAUCCAUUGACGAUCCUUGGUGGUACAUUGGUGUUUCUAAUGGUAUCCCAGAGAGUAAAGCCGUUAGGGAUUUGGAUAGAUUUAUCAUGCCUAUUUACGAA